AGGUACUCCAUGCUACAAAGAGUGCGUUUAGCACUGCUCAUACUGGUUGCAAACGUACUUCUUCUAGUCUACCAGUUCCAUUACAUAUGGGAAGUUUGCCAGUUAAAUAAGAGCACCGACAGCACACGCAAUCAUCAUUUUAUUGAGAGAAAGCAACUGGACUGGCCACAAAGAAGAGACCUCAUGGAAGGUGAACGCGCCGAACAAGUGAGAGCAGUGUCAACGAAACCUGCGAUUAUUUCAGCAGAUGAAAAUGAUUUCUUUCUCGAAGGACCUCUCCCAGUGGCAUUUAAAAAUGCGCUUGAAAAGUAUCCCAUCGUACCAACAACUGACGUCACGAUAGUGCUCAUUGUCGCCUACUAUCGGUCCGGGUCAAGUUUCUUUGGCGAGUUAAUGUCUUCUACACCAAGGACGUUCUUCCACUAUGAGCCUCUUAUGCUGUUCUCUGUUGCCCGCGGUAUUCGACCGGGAAGGCAGCACCACGCUUUUCAGCUGUUGGACGCCCUCGUCAAGUGCCGUUUCGAGCCGCUCUACACUGCAUGGAUGGAGAACACCCGUUACUACAAGCAGAAUCAUUUCCUGGCUGACAUCUGCGAAGGUGGAGAGUCGUGCUUUUCUCCAGGUUACCUUUCUGGUCUCUGUUCAAGAGCACAAGCGCAAGUGUUCAAGUUCACGAGACUUCGUGUUACUCAGGUGCAAUCGUGGAUUCAGAAAAACCCAGAAAUGGCGUCCUCCGUACGCGUGGUCCACCUGGUGCGAGACCCCCGCGCCAUGUACGCUUCUAGAAGGCGUCUUGAUUGGUGCAAGAAUGACGCACACUGUGGAAGUGCAGCCGCCCUUUGCGGCGAAAUGAGAUCUGACUUGGAUGCAUUCGGAGAACUGGGCCGCCACCUGCUGAGCAACAGAACAUACCAGAUUCGUUUUGAAGACCUCGCAGCUGACCCACUGAAUGAGACGAGGCGCUUGUUCAUGAGACUAGGUCUAGAAUUUGUGCCGUCAGUAUCCGCAUACGUAGGAAAUCACACGGCGGCGACCGGCGCGAAAACAAAGGACUCGUAUUCGACGUGGAGAAACACGAAAGCAGUGGCAGACAGGUGGAGAUACAGGUUGCCACGAGGAACGAUACGCGCGAUUCAAACCACGUGCAGUGAUGUUCUUCUGAGGCUGGGCUACAAGCUGGUGCGAAAAGUACAAAAGAAGCACAGAAAAUCUGCUUGCAGUAUGAGAAAGAUUGCGUAUUCCGCCACCUUACUCUUCCUCGACACGUAAAGCUCACAAUAACACUGAGCCAAAUUUCCUGCUCCAGUAGCUCACACUACUCAUGUGCGAAUCACCGUUUAUCUAUCUCUUACAUACAAUGAACCCAUAAUACUAGUGUACAAACAUCACAGACUUCACCGCACGACACCGAGCAGCCUCUCGACUUCAGCUGUACUUUAUUCGACAUAAAGGUCACAUAUACAGUUAAUUGCGCCCAAGCAGGUGUGCGCAAUCAAAUACCGCCGCCUAUAUUUGCCACCCCCUCCCACGUGGUCCUUGCUUGCAUAGAUAACCCUUUUUUUACAACUCAAUGGAUGCAGUGAAGUGGUGGCAAGAAUGCACGGUGGUAAAUUGUGAGACAUUUGUCAGCGACUUAGCACGUGUGUGUGCGCAGUCAGUUGUAUAUGUCUGUCCUUUACGUCCAUCAAUGCUCAAUUGAUGUCUAGCGGUUGUCCUCUGAUGUUCUGCGUAAUAUGCGGUGUAUGAAUUGAUCAAGACUGUACCAACUAGCCCAGCUAAAUGCAUUAACAAAUUACAGACAAUCUCAAUGAAAGCGAUAUAGGGUAAGCCCGAAAUGCCUAUUCGAAUAACGAAAUCAAUCCAACCUAACGUUAUCUCUCAUGUUUGUUGAGGGUCUAACGCUUCGUGGUCAAAAAUUAGAGGACGCUUAAGCUUCGCAUUUUAGAGUCCAGUGAGAUCGCAUUCUCAGAGCCCAGGCGCAUUGCCGUUUCUUUCAGCUGUGCGCGUGACGUGGUUGCCAAGUACCCGCUACGUUCUAAAAAGACAGGAUGUGCAAACACGGACAAAAGAAAGAAGUCACGACACCACAAACGCCGACUAACAACUGAAGAGAUGCACAACGGCCGAAAAGAAAGAAGGCUCGAGACCUUAUCUGCGCAUGCCCAUGCCGUAGGCAAACAUGUCGAUCCGGCACGCGUGCGGGUCUACUGAAAGAUAACUGUUAAGGCAUUUAAUCUACGGUUGGUUCACGCAUGGGCUACCACUAUUCUCGAUAUGACAUGCCUCAAUCACCAGGCGCGCUUCUUCAUUCCUGUGCCGGCACAAUACUUAGCAUGCAUCGAAUUUUGGCCUGCACUUGCACUCUCGAUAAUGUAAAGAUAGAUUAGAAGGUGAGCCUCUGGUUAGCGAUCUUUUAUGUUCCAGUAAUCACUCGUUAAAGCAGCGGCCAGUGUGACCUACGUAGAAGCGGCAGCAGCUGAAAGGGACCUUAUAACCACACUUGAACGGCAAUCAGUGAAUUUGUUGGUGUGUUUUACGAAGCAAAUAUAGGUCCGCUUUUUGUCUUUUACUCGCAUUCUUCCUCUGCACAGCGGCACAAAUCUUACCUAGCUUAUGGGCAGGCGUGAAGACAUGGCUAACGCCGUAUCUGUUUCCUACUCCCUUUAGCCUGUGUGAUACGCAAUAAAUGUACACGUUUCUUCUUAUCGCUUUCUGCAACCAUGCUCGGACUUAAUAUAGUGGACUUCUUCAAACGUUCAGCGACAGUGGCCACUGCAUCACGAGGAUAACCUACACGUAUAAGACGCGUAACUUGUGCGUUAAAGACGCGUAAGCUGUGGGAUAUGGAAACAUACUAAAAGCUGGUUGCUGAAUUUGAAAUAUUUUUUUUUCUCUUUCGCCUGGGUAGUGAGCAGUGCCUUCGUCUUCAGCAUGUUUAUUUGUAGCCCUACUUAAUUAUCUUUUAUGUUUAAGUCUUCAAUCAGUUUUUGUAUUUCGUUGCCAUUUCUGCUAAACAGUGCAGUAUCAUAUCGAAACCAUAGGUUCAUAACGUAUUUUCUGUCACCCUUUGCACCUAUUUGAUCCAAGACCAGUCUUUCCAAUAUUUGUAAGCACGUAGGGCAUAACAAUGGCGAUAUUGUACCUCCCUGUCUGACCCUUUACUGAUGACAAUCAUAUCUAUUUAUGGGGUGGAGGGGGGUCGGGGGUCGCAAGAUAGCUGUCGACCCUUUGUUGAUAUCGAGUAAGCCAUUUGCAUACAGAGUGUUUCAGUUAACUUGAGCCAUGUAUGCUUCCCAGUUUCCCUUACUCUAAAGAAAUUCUGGAAAGAAAUUGAAGAGGCAGCUAUUUUAGCCUAUAUUAAAUAUUAUGACGUUGCUGAAAAAAACGAUGCAACUGCUCUGUUGAAUAAUUUUUUCGUUAAAGUUACCAUUUUAGGAAUUAUUAAGCGAUCUUUUUUAACUGCACAGCUUGAAGGAAGCACGAGCUGCUUUCUUCAAUUAGACAGACUCUUGGUUUGCGCUUUCCCGCUCCUCAGAUCUUCAUUGCUCAAUGUGAAAAGCUUUUGAAGCAGGUAAAGUUUGCACCAGAACAGAAGGUUAAAAAAAAGAAACAUUGCUGUCAUUCCCUAUGCCCACAAGCUUUCCCAUAGUCUAAGAAAAGUUGGUGCCUGCUACGGCAAACAGGUGGUGUUCAGUGCGCCUAACAAACUUGGAAAGAUUUCAGCGGCUGCUCAUAAGAAACUUGAUAUGAGACUUAAGUUAGAGAAAACGGGCUUGAGCACGAAACACAGAAGUCAGUUUGUGCCAUACGCUCCCGGUGUUCUUAUCAAAUCCCUGUGACCUGCAGGCUCGUAUACAUUGCUCAGACAGUACGCCGCCUAAAUACCCGCCUUAGAGAACAUCAGAAUAUAAUUUGAAUGCUAAUUGGGGUUCGCACUUAGGUGCCCACUGCACGAACUGUAAGUACACGUCCACUCUUCGAAAGACGACAGUUAUGCAUAGGCACAGGGAUGACACGACACGCAAAAUUAUGGCAGCCCUCUUCAUUAAGAGUGCUGGUGAAAGUUGCGUCAGCUCUCCUUCAGUGGCGUAAUCGCGAAGCGGUAUCAGUUUUUUGUACGAGGGGCAGACAAAGUUUUGUGGUUGAUUGGGAUUUUGAAGGUUUUUGAAGAUAUGUUGUCAUUCCUAGGAUAAGUAUGUUUAGACAUUUCUUUUUUAGCUUUUCUUGCCUUUUUGCAAGUUGGCAAGUUUUCUGCGAGGCGUGUGACCGCGCAGUUCGCUUGAAUUUACUUCUAUUUAUAUUUCUUUUUAUGUUUCUUCAAAGAAACCUUUCAGUUGCGACUAA